AAUGGGGGGAAAAGAUGGGCAAAGGGGAGGGAGGUGGUUCGGAGCAUCAGGAAGAUACCUACCUAUGUCCUUUUCUUCUUCCUUUUUCUCCGUCUCUCUAUGUAUUUUGAUUUUCUUGUCUAUCCUUGUUACUUUAAAUCUUUUUUUCUUUUCUGUUGUUUUACUCUGGUGUGUUGUUUUAUUUUAUUUUAGUUAUUAUUCACGACAUAACAUAAUGAUGAUGCCGAGGAUUAGAAAAGACGCAGACGAGAAAGAGGAAGAAAAGUAUUUGUUUAUGCUGUACGGGUACGUGCCAUACGCGGAUAUGUACGACAUACUGCGUACCAGAGGUAAAGUCGGGCUUGGGCUGAAAGGAGAGGGCAUACGUCUAAUCUAAUUUAGGUAUGACGUAUUAGUCUGAGAAGCUGGCCUGGCAGCGAGAUAGGUACGGCGGUGAGGGAGAUGGACAGCCCUCUUUUUCUACGGGGAUUGUCUGUCUAUCUGUCUGGGUAGGGUAUGGUACGGUGAGCAUAGAAUAGCAAAGCAUAGCAUAGCGGGAUAGGGGCAAGGCAUAAUUUUGCGCAAAGGAAACAUAAGCUCGC